GGCCUUUCAAGGUUGUUAGAACGAAACGGCGGGCGGCUUUGAAAGGCGUGACUUUUGUUUUUACUUUGCCAUUGAUCUUGGAUACUUUGUAGCAAACCUCGAAACCGAUGAGAUAAUCCGUUCUGACCAUCAUCAAUGCAAACAAUUUAUUUUAUUUCGUAUCUUCUACUUCUAAAUUCAUGAAGUUCGAGAACCAGACCAAACAUUUCUCUCAUCACGUUAAAGUGGGUCCAUGCUUCACUCGCCCUGCUUAUCGAGAUGGUAGGCGCAAAACAGCUGUAAAGGUCUUCACCGUAGCUGAUGAAUCAUGUUAUCUCCUGAUAUUUGGAGUCCCCUCACUGGACCUGGAGCACCCUUUAAAGGAGAGGUGCAAACAGUAUGGGAAUGUCCAAAGUGUGGUGAAAAUUAUUGACUAUCCAAACAAAGAAACAUUUACUGAUGUUUUUGUCAUAAAGUACAAUAAUCUCAAAGCCGCAAGGUGUGAACGUAUUCCUUUUACAUAUUUAUGAGAAUUAAGCUUGAUAGCUAAAUUCUUUUUCGUUGUAAAAAUUCAUGAGAUUUUUCCUUAAAUGUUAUCUAGAUAUGCCAAGCGUUUAUUAGAUGAUUCUUCUUUCUACGGAGGUUCUUUACACGUUUGUUAUGCACCUGAAUAUGAAACUGUGGCUGAAUGUCGUUUGAAGCUGUACGAAUGCAGGCAUUUAAAUGCAAGAAUUUCCAGGAAAGUGGAACACGAGUAUCUUCAGAAAUUUUCUACUAACUGUCAAACAUCAGUUCCAGAUCCUUCAAUUCUUCCAUUACCAUCUGUAGCAUCAACAUCAGUAAAGUCUGAUUUGUCAGAAUCUGUAAAAUUAGAAAUAUCAGCUAAUCAGGAUAUAACUGUUCUACCGGUUUCACAAGAAAAUACAAUACAUUCUAACGAGUCCGUCGCCUAUCAGUCAUAUGAUGCUUUAGAUGACUCUCGGCUUUAUUGGAGGAAACUUGGGAUUACAUUAUUUGACAAACAUCAAACAACCUGUAAUUUCAGUGCUUCUUGUUCCACUACUGCUACUACCACUACUAAUUAUCCAUCUACUUUUACACCUUGUGAUUUAUCAGUUGCCCCAAAACGAUCAAUACCCCUUUCUGUCCAACAAGCUUUAAGUUGUCGACCAUACUUGGAGAAUAUUUCGAAACCUAGUACAUCGUUGUUAGUCAGCAAGGUACCCUCUGAAAAUAACAAAACUAUGAAGCAUUACUCAUAUAACUCCUUAAUCCCACGCGUCAUAAUUAGUAAAGAGUAUAGAAAAAGGCAUUCAAAAAACCCAGAAGCUCUUUCACAAGUAUCAAAGUCAACAGCUCCUAUUUCUGUUGGUGAAUUAAAACGAUUAGCAUAUUCAUUAGGUCCCAAACAAGGACCAAGUUUGCCUCCAACACAAGAUCAAAGAGGAAAUAUUAUUGAUCAAACAAGGAUUGUAUUUCAUCGUUCGAAUUCGAAACGACAUUGUAAACAUCCUUCAGAAUCUGAAGACAAUUGAAUAUGUGACACUCAUUUUGUCGUUCAUAAUCUUCCAGAUGGUGAGAAAGGGGAUUGUUGAAUAAGAGUGUCACUCUGUUUGAUGUUUGGAAUGGUAAUUAUUAUUACAAUCCAUAAUCUAUCUAUCUAUCGAUUGAUUAUCAGAUGUGCUUACCUUCGCCUUCAACUAAAAUAAAUGUACUGUAACGUUAAUCGGACACAAUGUAGAGCAACCGUCUGAAUUUUAGUCUCAUUAUAAAUAUCAUCCUUAAAGUUUUAUCAUGCAUGCCAACCUUAUCGUUCAAGGAAUGGUAUUGCUGUACAGAAUUAUUUUGAUGUGCUGACCGAAUUUAAUGUGAUUAAAGUUUACAAUUUAGUAUUACUGAUUCAGAAUCAAAGUGAUUUUGAUUUGUUCACAUUUAUGAUUCAAAAUUUAUGGUAUGAAUUACUAACAGAUACCAUAACAUAGUUCUACAAGAUGAAGAUCUCAUGAUGACUGAAUUAGAGCCAUAUAUAUCAUUCUAUUACUGAACUACAAUUUUUAGUUACAAACCUUCAAGAUAUGUAAUUCCACUGAAUUUUCGAAGAUUAGGAGUCUCAUGUGUGUCUAUUGUUGAUCAAACAAAACGGUUAUUUAUUAAAAAUAAUUUUAGGACUGUGAAUGAUCGGUAUCACAAAAUGAAUAAUUACAGGCUUUAAACAUCUAUUUGAGUAUAUUAACCGGAAAUAAAAGUUCU